AUGAACGUUUAUUUGCGUUUUCAAGUUGAGCUGCGUUGUUAUGCCCGGGCCCAUUUCAACAACCUUCUCCUUGAGCGCAUCGACCUCUUUUUCCAGGCCGCACUCUCCUAUCAACAGCGCCUUCUAUUGGCUAUCGGGAAGUUGCGUGAGGCCACCAACUCCAACAUCAAUCCGUCCGGCUCAACUUGCGUCAAGGUUCCUUGUGUUUCUAGUCGCAACGCAAUUUCUGCCACAUCUACAUCCUCGGAAUGGACAGGGUUCCGUGAUCGGCUUCUUUCGUUCUCAAGUCGCUGGCACAUGCUGCUUCAGCAACAACAGCAGCAACAGCAGCAUUCACAUCAGACCUCGCAAGGAGUCAAUCCUCUGCUGCAGUCAAGUAGUGGAAUUAACUCUUCUGUAUCAAACCAAAAAUUGUUGUCCACACUUUCUUCACCCUCUUCAAUGCCAUCUCCUGCAUUAACUUCACAUACUGCCUCAUUGCCCCCCCCUCCGCCCCCUCGUUUCAUGAAAGAAACGUGUCUUGGCUGGAUUGCUGCCCAGCUUGCAGGAGACUCCCGCUACCAGACGAUGGCCUAUUUGCAAAGCGAACGACAAACAAGUCUACUAGCUCACCUCGACCUACUGCUUCCUCAUCCGUGCAUUUCGAUGCCCUCAUUCAGUUUAAACCAGCAGUAUCUUCAUCAGCAGCAUGCUCCCUCAAAAGUUAAUUAUCACGCCUCUGAUGAGGUCGUCGUGAGCCCGGCAGAAGCCCACAUGUUGCCUUAUUCUCUCAAGUUAACUGGUGGUUCAGAUAUACACUUCGGUCAUAUUGCAUUGGGAGAUGUGACUUCGGAUGGUCCCUUUCUCGGCCUAUCUUCGAUGCAAGCCAGAUUUCAGGGUUUAUACGGUUCUCCCAAUAUGACAGGAGCCUAUUGUGGUGUUAAUUCAGAGGCUACUUCUACGACGAUUGCAAUUGGCGGCCAGUCUUCAGAAGUCGGACUUGCUCCUACUAGUCUCGUGGCACAAUGUCCUUACCAGCAAGCAAAUACAUGUGCUGAUCUCCUCCCUUCCCAUUUGCUCGCUUCAGCUAUUUCUAAACUUGUGUCAAGAUCAUCACUGUCUCAUUCUCAAAUGUCCACAUCAGCAGCCUGUCCUUCCACACCACGGAAC